UAAUUACGGAGAACAAAACUAAUAAAAGUGGAAAACACAGAAGAAAUCAAAAAAUUCCCACAAAUAUCCACACAAAAGACGAAACAAAUUAACAGACUUUGGCUGUUUUGUCUUAAAUCUGAAUCGUCCUUAUUCGUAAACUGUAAUCAAUGACACCGUCUUGCUUCUUCUUAAUCCACUCUUCAUCUCUCUCUCUAUAUCCCCAACCCCAAGUCAAGAUCUUUUUCAAUUUAUGGAUACAAAAUCUUACAAUCUUCUUCUGUGAGUUCAACUGAGGGGUUUUUGUGAAGAUGGGUAACAGAGUAAUCUGCAUGAAGAAGAAAGAUGUUGUUAUCAGAAGUGGUGGAGGAGAUGGAGGAUCCAGAAGCAAGAGAGUGAAUCGUUCACAAAGGAAACUGCUUGCUAAUGAAGAGCCUUUGCAUCGAAGAGCUUUGUCUAUGGCUAUUCAUCAAUCUCAGGGAUUUGAUGGAUCCAUGUCGAGGCGUGUUGGGUCUACUAGCUCUAGAAGACAAACACUCUCUGACCCAUUUUCUAAUAACAAGCAGGUACCUGAGUUUGUGGAAAGCUUGACUGUUAAGAAAUUCGUUUUGGUUCAUGGUGAAGGCUUUGGGGCAUGGUGUUGGUAUAAAACUAUUGCUUCAUUGGAAGAGUCUGGACUAUUUCCUGUCACAGUUGACCUGGCUGGAUCUGGAUUUAAUAUGACAGAUGCAAAUAGUGUUUCCACCUUAGAAGAAUAUUCAAAUCCGUUGAUCGAGCUCAUUCAAAAUCUUCCUGAGGAAGAAAAGGUCAUUCUGGUGGGUCACAGUACUGGAGGUGCAUGUGUUUCGUAUGUGUUAGAGCGGUUUCCAGAGAAAAUCUCAAAAGCCAUAUUCAUAUGUGCCACUAUGGUUGCUGAUGGACAAAGACCCUUCGAUGUCUUUGCUGAUGAGCUUGGUUCUGCAGAACAGUUCAUGAAAGAGUCGCAGUUCUUGAUCUAUGGAAACGGCAAGGACAAACCCGCUACGGGGUUCAUGUUUGAGAAACAACACAUGAAAGGCUUGUACUUCAAUCAGUCACCCAAUAAGGACAUUGCAUUGUCUAUGAUCUCGAUGCGGCCUGUACCUUUGGGUCCUAUGAUGGAGAAGCUGUCGCUUACUGAAGAAAGAUACGGGAAAGGUCGAAGGUUCUAUGUUCAGACGCUAGAUGAUUUAGCUCUUUCACCAGACGUUCAAGAGAAACUGGUUAGAGAUAAUAGCCCCGAAACAGUUUUUAAGAUCAAAGGAAGUGAUCAUUGCCCUUUCUUCUCUAAACCUCAGUCUCUUCACAAGAUCCUUCUUGAGAUAGCUCAGAUUCCUUGAAAACAGUGACAAAUCUUGAAUCCACAAUGUAUACUACUUUCAAUUUUUUUUUUAAACGUUUGUAUAUUCUUAUUUAUCCUUUAUCCUAUAAAUCACAACUCACAUGACCAAUAAAAAUUGGUCACAUGGAUUUUACAAA